AUGCCCUCGACCCAUGAGCACCAGCAUGACCCCGUCGAUGAAAAAGAGUGCAGCUCCGAGACCAUCGAGAACUAUACCGUUGUCACAACACUUGACAACAUCCAGGUACUAGGGCUUGCCUCCGAUGAUGCAGCGUUUUAUCGCAGUUUCCCUGCCGAGAGGAGGAAGAGACUCUUGCGAAAGAUUGACAUCAGACUUAUCCCCAUGCUCGCCGUCCUCUAUCUGAUAUCCCAUCUCGACAGAGCCAAUAUCGGAAACGCGAAGAUCCUCGGACUGACAGAAGACUUGGGCUUGAGCGGCAUCCAGUAUAAUAUCGCGCUCAGUUUGUUCUUCAUCCCAUAUAUUCUGCUCGAGGUGCCGAGCAACAUCCUGCUCAAGAAAUUCAGCCGACCAUCAGUCUACCUGGGUACCUUAAUCGUUAGCUGGGGAAUCAUCAUGACAUUGACUGGCGUGGUCCAAAACUUUGGCGGGCUGGUAACCAUGCGGCUCUUACUGGGAAUCUUCGAAGCCGGCUUCUUCCCCGGCUCCGUAUACCUCUGCUCACUCUGGUACAUGCCCCGUGAGCUCGGCACACGCGUAGCCUCCUUCUUCUGCGCCAGCGCGCUAUCCGGUGCAUUUUCCGGUCUUCUCGCGGCGGGGAUCAGCGAAAUGGAUAAUGUCGGCGGGUACAAAGGGUGGCGAUGGAUCCUUUUGAUUGAGGGCCUAAUUACUGUUAUGUUAGGAGUCACAUGCUUCUUCCUGCUUAUUGACUCCCCGCGCCUCUCAACUAGGUGGCUGGACCAAGACGAGAUACGGUAUCUGGAGAUACAGCACUUUAUCAAGGAAGGCGGACGCUUUAGAGAAGAGCAGCAAAAGACAACGUUAAAGGACGUUGGUGGGGUUAUGAAGAAUUGGAGGCUGUACCUCGCUGCGUAUAUCAUGUUGUGCCAGUGUGCCUGCAACUAUGGAACGAAAUUCACCCUCCCUACUGUGACAAAAGCCAUGGGCUUCCAAGGCACCAACGCACAGCUUAUGACAGUACCUCCCUACAUCGCCGGUGCAAUCGCGGCAAUUGUCUUGUCCAAUAUCUCUGACUGCUAUAACUGGCGGUUCCCCUUUAUCGCCACCCCACUUCUACUAAUCAUAACCGGAUACGCGAUUAUUAUAGGUCUAAAGGGCCGCCUUGAAGCGCAUGUAGGAGUGGGCUUCUUCGCCCUUAUCGUUGCCUGCAUGGGCAUCUACCCAACCUACCCGGCCACGGCCUCGUGGGCAAUCAACAACCUCGCGCCCUCGAAGCGGCGCGCAAUCGGGAGCGCGUUUAACAUCUGCAUGGGCAAUACAGGUGGGAUAAUUGGGAGCUACAUGUAUCUAGACCGCGAGAGCCCGACGUAUCUCACUGGGUUUGGGCUGUCGCUUGCGUUUGGGGUCUCGGGGCUGCUUGUUGCUGGUAUUCUAGAGGUUUCGCUGGUUAUUGCGAAUAAGAGGAAGGCGAGGAUGGUCGAGAGUGAGGUAAGAGAAUGGUAUACGGAUGAUGAGCUCCUUGUGCUUGGAGAUCGGUCGCCGUUAUUCAGGUAUAUGCUGUGAGGAUUUAGUUUCUACUACGGUUGGUGCAUGGAGAUUCCGCCAGUGCACUCGGACUCAGAC